AUGCGCAGGAACUCAACCCCAGCGAACCACUACACUUUCCCCUUCGUGCUCAAGGCGCUGGCGGACUUGAAGCUGACGAAAGAGGGAAAAUCGGUGCACGUGCAGGUAAUCAAAUUGGGUUUUCUGAACGAUGUUUAUGUUGGUAACUCGUUGCUGAAUCUGUACGUUGCCGGCGGGAAUAUGUGUUCGUGCGGGAAAGUGUUCGACGAAAUGCCCCUGAGAGAUGUAGUCUCGUGGACCGUCAUGAUCUCUGGUUUUAACGAAGCUGGUAAAUACGAUGACUCGUUAAUCACGUUCGAGAGGAUGAGAAGCCAUGGCGUGAUGCCCAAUCGAGUAACGGCCGUGAAUGCCUUAGCUGCCUGUGCUGGUCAUGGGGCUCUGAAUAUGGGCCUUUGGAUUCAUGAGUAUGUGAAAAGUAGCCGUUGGGAGAUGGAUUUAAUCUUAGGCACAGCAUUGAUCGACAUGUACGGAAAGUGCGGGCAGAUAGAAAGCGGGCUGCUCGUUUUUCACCAAAUGCCCGAAAAAAACGUGUGCACUUGGAACACGGUUAUUAAAGGGCUAGCUCUAUCCAAGAAUGGGAAAGAAGCUAUCAAGUAUUUUCUCAGAAUGGAGAAAGAAGGGGCCCGGCCCAAUGAGGUGACUCUGAUUGCAGUUCUUAGUGCGUGCGUGCAAUCGGGCCUCUUGCAUAUGGGCCAACUCGUUUUUUCUGCAUUGUCUAACGGGAAGUAUGGGUUUUCGCCUAACGUGAAGCAUUAUAGCUGCAUGAUCGAUCUUUUGGUGCGUUGCGGGUGUUUGGACGAGGCUGUUGGGUUGAUUAAAGAGAUGCCGUUUGAGCCGAGUGUGAGUAUUUGGGGUGCUUUGCUUUGUGGGUGUAGAGCUUUGGGGGAGUUUGAUUUGGGUGAAUUUGCGGCUUUGAAAAUGGUGGAGUUGGAGCCUGGGAAUUUCGGUUAUUAUGUUGUGUUAUGUGAUUUUUAUGCGGAAAAUGGAAAAUGGGAUGAUGUGAAGAGGGUUCGGAACCGCUCCACCUUCAUCUGCAACACCCUAAUCAGAGCCUUCUCUCACUCUACCGACCCCCAGAAAUCCCCCUUGAUAUACGCCCGCAUGCGCAGGAACUCAACCCCAGCGAACCACUACACUUUCCCCUUCGUGCUCAAGGCGCUGGCGGACUUGAAGCUGACGAAAGAGGGAAAAUCGGUGCACGUGCAGGUAAUCAAAUUGGGUUUUCUGAACGAUGUUUAUGUUGGUAACUCGUUGCUGAAUCUGUACGUUGCCGGCGGGAAUAUGUGUUCGUGCGGGAAAGUGUUCGACGAAAUGCCCCUGAGAGAUGUAGUCUCGUGGACCGUCAUGAUCUCUGGUUUUAACGAAGCUGGUAAAUACGAUGACUCGUUAAUCACGUUCGAGAGGAUGAGAAGCCAUGGCGUGAUGCCCAAUCGAGUAACGGCCGUGAAUGCCUUAGCUGCCUGUGCUGGUCAUGGGGCUCUGAAUAUGGGCCUUUGGAUUCAUGAGUAUGUGAAAAGUAGCCGUUGGGAGAUGGAUUUAAUCUUAGGCACAGCAUUGAUCGACAUGUACGGAAAGUGCGGGCAGAUAGAAAGCGGGCUGCUCGUUUUUCACCAAAUGCCCGAAAAAAACGUGUGCACUUGGAACACGGUUAUUAAAGGGCUAGCUCUAUCCAAGAAUGGGAAAGAAGCUAUCAAGUAUUUUCUCAGAAUGGAGAAAGAAGGGGCCCGGCCCAAUGAGGUGACUCUGAUUGCAGUUCUUAGUGCGUGCGUGCAAUCGGGCCUCUUGCAUAUGGGCCAACUCGUUUUUUCUGCAUUGUCUAACGGGAAGUAUGGGUUUUCGCCUAACGUGAAGCAUUAUAGCUGCAUGAUCGAUCUUUUGGUGCGUUGCGGGUGUUUGGACGAGGCUGUUGGGUUGAUUAAAGAGAUGCCGUUUGAGCCGAGUGUGAGUAUUUGGGGUGCUUUGCUUUGUGGGUGUAGAGCUUUGGGGGAGUUUGAUUUGGGUGAAUUUGCGGCUUUGAAAAUGGUGGAGUUGGAGCCUGGGAAUUUCGGUUAUUAUGUUGUGUUAUGUGAUUUUUAUGCGGAAAAUGGAAAAUGGGAUGAUGUGAAGAGG